GAGCGGCACGGCUAGGGGACCGCGGACAGCUCCCGCGUGAGGAGCAGAGUAACGCAGGAGGAGGAGAAGGCUUGAUGUGGGGGUGGCUCUGCGCAGGCCCGCACGGUCCCGAUCAAAACACGGUUUAUGCGCGGAUCCCGGGGACAGCACACAAAGGCACCGAGCCGGAGAGGCCGCUGGGGGACGAGGACACGCGCGAGGCAGCGAGGCGACACGGGGAAUACGGCUACUGACCCAUCCCGGCGCAUCAGGGAGACGCAGCGGGAGCGAGGAGGAGAAGAAGGAGAGACGAUUCCGCUCGACCUGAUGGACUGAGGACAGAUGAAUGAAGACUGCCUACACUAACGCCUAUCGAUGCCUGGCCAAGGACCUGGACGCUUACGCCAUGAACACGGACAUGACAAUGGACGGCAUCGGCAGCCUGCACGGCGGGGUGGCGGUGAGCUCCGUGGCCCCUGAUGCGGAGCUGAUGAGCGGCCACAGCCCGCACCACGGCCGCGGGGGCUCCGCCGUGGCGGGGGGACACGGAGCGGCGGCGGCGGCGGCGGCGGCGGCGGCGUCCACCCUGCGGAUCCACCAGGACCUGGCUGCCGCCGCCGCGUCGUCGCGCUCGGCCAUGGUGUCCGGCAUGGCCACGAUACUGGACGGCAGCGGGGAGUACCGGCCGGAGCUGUCGCUGCCGCUGCACCACGCCAUGAGCGUGCCGUGCGACACGUCCUCUCCCGGGAUGGGGAUGAGCGGCACCUACACCACCCUGACCCCGCUGCAGCCGCUGCCGCCCAUCUCCACCGUGUCGGACAAGUUUCACCAUCACCACCAUCACCACCACCACCAGCGGCUCUCCGGGAACGUGAGCGGGAGCUUCACCCUGAUGCGGGACGAGCGGGGGCUUCCGGGCAUGAAUAACAUCUACAGCCCCUAUCACAAAGAUCACAUGUCCGGGAUGGGUCAGAGCCUCUCCCCGGUCCUGGGCAACGGCCUGGGCUCCAUACACAACACCCAGCAGGGUCUCCACAAUUACGGCACGACGGCGCACGGAGGUCACGACAAGAUGCUGAACUUCGAAGCGCACCACACCGCCUCCAUGCUGGCCAGAGGGGACCACCACCAGCACCGGGGCCUCGGCGGUCCGGCCACCGGGAUGAUGCCGCACCUCAACGGCAUGCACCACCCGGGACACCCGGCCGCCUCCGCCGCGGGUCACCACCCCCACCCCCACCUCCAGUCUCCCACCCACGGGCCCGUGCUGGCCUCCACCCGGGAAAGACCGCCCUCCUCCUCGGGGACGCAGGGGGGGAACGGUCCGGGGCAGCUGGAGGAAAUCAACACCAAAGAGGUUGCGCAGAGGAUCACGGCGGAGCUGAAGAGGUACAGCAUCCCGCAGGCCAUCUUUGCCCAGAGGGUGCUGUGCCGCUCCCAGGGGACCCUGUCAGACCUGCUGAGGAACCCCAAACCCUGGAGUAAACUAAAAUCAGGCCGGGAGACCUUCAGGAGGAUGUGGAAGUGGCUGCAGGAGCCCGAGUUCCAGCGGAUGUCGGCCCUCAGACUGGCAGCAUGCAAACGUAAAGAGCAGGACACAGCGAAGGAGCGCAACAACACACCAAAGAAGUCGCGGCUGGUCUUCACGGACCUGCAGCGGCGCACCCUGCUCGCCAUCUUCAAGGAGAACAAGCGGCCUUCCAAGGAGAUGCAGCUCACCAUUUCGCAGCAGCUGGGUCUCGAACUCACCACUGUCAGCAAUUUCUUUAUGAACGCCCGUCGCCGGAGCCUGGACAAAUGGACAGACGAUGGAGGCAGCCCUGGCGCCCAGUCCUCGGCGUCCAGCACUUGUACCAAAGCGUGAUAAUAUAUAGUGAAGAGGAGGUGGAAUGGAGGGAGACGGGGAGGUGAGGGAGGGAGGAAGGGGGGGGGGAACACGGGGAGGGGCGGAGGGUGGGGGAGGCCAAGGCGGAGGAAAACCAAACGUUUGACUUUUUUUUUGUCACUAGUGACAAACUAAGAGAGGGGCUGCUCACUGCGACGACUUGUUUUAGCCAAAUCCAACAUCCAUCCAUAAAGAAGCUAAACACACAAACCUCACGUAUGGAGACAAACGCUGAAUCACAGAAUUACCUGCUGAUGUCUCUAGAUAAGCAAACACACCCCGAAACCAAAGACUAGACGUUUUCUAUUAUGCAAUUUUUACUUGGACCCGACCAAACCAAAAAACAUAGAAGGUUCUAGGACGAGAUGCGGUUCUCUGCUGAAUGUAACGCUCAAAAGUGGGACGAGGCAGAACACGCUGGGGUUUCAGAAGCUGCUGUCACCGCCUGCACAGCUGAUCUGUUAGUUUCCAAAGAGGAGGCAGACAGAAGCUCAUUAACAUGAGCAGAGUCCUGAAACAGCUGAUCAACAAAAAUAUUUAGAUUCAUCCAAACGUAGUGAGUUAACUGAUUGAUCGGUUUUAAAAUGCGACUCCAUCCACCAACAUGUUCACCGACAUCAACAGAUCCUCAAGACUUGGCUCUAAAAAUCUAUACAUUAAGGUUGAGUGGACGAGAUUAUUAUUUUCAACACAAUUUAGUCAACUGUCAAACAACAAAAACAAGUUUCUGUCAUUUUUGGACAAAGCUCUUAAAUUUAUACCAAAGACUAGAAAGUACUAUAUAUAUUCUACUGACUCUUUAAAGUGAACGGUGACGAUUUGUAAAGUUACAAUGUGGCUAAAUAUGCAAGCACAAACACACACACACACACACACACACACACACACAUACACACACACACACACACACACACACACACACACA